AUGCAAACACAAAAAAGAAUAUAUGUAAGUGGGUUAGGUGAUUUUGUUGAUGAACAAUUAUUAUAUGAAGUUUUUUUACCGUUUGGAGAAAUUACUGAUAUACAACUCCCAAAAGAUAAUGGAAAACUAAAUAAAGGAUAUGGAUUUGUUGUUUUUGAAGAUGAGGAAGAUGCUAGCCAAGCAAUAUUAAAUAUGAACAAAGCCGAACUUUUUGGCAAAACACUAACUGUUUCUUCUUCGAGAAAUAAAGAAAAUGAGAUUUGA